ACACACAGAUAUAUAUAUAUUAUUCAUCGACGAAGAAAACUAGAAACAAAGAUCAGAAAGGAGAGUGGUUUUGUGUGUUUUCUUCAUGGUUUAAUACUUGUGACUGAAAGUAGUGUGUACUAAAACUGUUAAUAAUAAUAAUAAUAUUUAUGGAUGCACAUUAACCGCAAUAUAAAGCAGUGGACUUCUCAUCUAGGCAAAUCACAGGAAAGAUUUUGAAGUAUUCCAAGUAUUCCAUCUCAAUGUUCAUGAAGACAUGAUGAGUGCUGCAGUUAGUUCUGCAGGCUUUAUGAAUUUCGGAGCGAUGCCGUACGAUGACAUCUACCUGGAGGACGCAAGCUCAGAUGAAGAUGAAGCUGAUGAGCACGUCAUGUCCAACUCUCGCAAGCCGCUUAUGUCACCUCGUCGUAAGCGGCCGAGAAUCACAAUGCGGCAGCCGCCUGCAACUGUUAAAGUUCACCCGUUGAUAAAGCGUCGUAUCUUGAGAUGGUGCUACGUGGUUGUCUCUGCACUUUUCAUCAGCCUCAUAGUAUUUAUUCUACUUCGAAUAUCCCAUGAUGCCAUGAAUCGCAACGACGAUCUUCCAGUUGCGUUCCCAGCAGACCAGGAAAUCCACCUCAAUAAAAAGCCACCUUCGUCUCACAAGACCAAACCGAAGAAGCCGAGCAUUGAAGAGACCAUUCUUCCGUGCACUGAUUUUGAAGUUGAAGACGUCUGGAUACAGAAUAUUCCUAAGUUACUGACCGAGACAGCGGUGCGAUUAGUUGAUGUUAACAAAGAUGAUAUCUUGGAUGUUGUUAUGGGAUUCUCUACUGGGGUUACCAGUUAUUUCGGAGACCAGUUCAUCAUGUGUGAUAUUUACUUCAACGGUUCCUCGCCAUGUUUUGGUGGCCUGCUAGCUCUCGACGGCCAAACAGGGAAGGAAUUAUGGCGCCAUUAUGCCUCCAAUGAAAUCUUUGCCGUGAAUUGCAAUGCAGAUAUUGACCAAGAUGGAGUCAAAGACUGUCUUGGGGCAGGAAGAGCAGGGUCUUUUAAACUUGUGAGUGGUGCAUCUGGGCGUGAAAUCUGGAAAUUCAACAACAAGGAACUUCUAGUAUCAAUAAGUAAUUUCUACACAGCUCAAUUUAUUCAAGAUGUUGAUGGAGACGGUAUACAUGACGUCUUAAACAUCCAUGGAGGAGACCCACUCAGAAAACCAGAUGAAGAAGUGACCCAUAGUGGUCUGUUGGUGAUCUUGAGUGGAGCUACGGGUCGAGUGGUGACCUCAAUGCAAGUGCCGGACGGUCAAGAAUCAUAUUACUCCCCACAGGUUUACUAUCAGCAUGGAGGUGUUCAGAUGGUGUUAUUUGGUACUGGAGGUGAAACACAUGGCGGAUCAUUAUGGGUUAUCUCUAUGACAGAUCUCCUUCAGGCCGAUAAUACAAAGGUCAUCAAAAUCUACUCUGACCCAUUUAAAGGAAUAAUGACCCCAGCGACCUUAGCUGACAUCACAGGAGAUGGAGUUGUUGAUAUCGUCAUGGCAAUGUUCAACUCAACAACGGUUGCAUUUGAUGGACAGAGUUUAAUACAGCUUUGGAACUACACCAUGCCUCAAUCAGAAUCCUACAGCACCCCUGCUGCAGCUUUAUUCAAUGAUGACGAUGUUCCUGAUAUCAUGAUUGCUUAUAAUCACGGUCCUGGCUACCCACUCUAUUACUAUUCACAGGUGACGGUUCUGGAUGGCCGUACUGGUCAGCCAAUCCUAGAUGCCCCUAUAAGGACAGCUGGCAGCUCCCAAUCAUCACCACUAGCUAUCUCCAUAGAGGGCAAAGGUCAUGACCUGUUCAUGUACUUCACUCUGGAUUGUCAAGGUCAUGAAGGAGAGAGCUCAGAAUUCCAGUUCUUUCAAGAAGAUAAAUUGGGUAAAGGUGCUAAGAGUCGCUCUGACUUUUGCCAGCAACGAUUCGGCGCCAAGAGUUACACAAGACUUCAGCUUCUGAAUCAACACAUGAAGUCACCAGGAAAGCAGAUCUACAACUCCUUGGAUCGUGUGGAUGUAGAAUACCAGUACAAAAUGAAUUCUAGUCUGCUUGCCAAGGCCUACUUAGACAAGCAUCCCUCAGUACUUGAAGAAGCCAAGGAACUAGCCCUGAAUGGUGAACAUUCACACGAUGGGGGCAGCCAUGAUGAAUCUGGAGCAACCCAUUCUGCUGGUAGGGGAGAUCAACAUGCACCUGGGAGAGUCCACUCCGAGGAGGGGGGUGAUGACACAGAUUCCAAUAACCAAAUGCCAGAAUCUCAGGCCAAGAUGACUGAUCUGCUUGGCUUGAUGACCAAGGAUCGGCAGAACGAGAUCCUGCAGCAGUUGGCCAAGGAGAUGGGAUUAGACGACGUUAGCGAUCUUCCAAUGAUACAAACCCUUCUUAACUCUGAGAGUACGAACAAUGAGCAAGACCUUUACCAACAAGACAUCAAUCAAAAUCUUCCCCAAUCCAAUCCUUAUCAAGAACUUCCAGAUCUAAAGAAUUCUGAUUUACAAAAUAUUUACGACCAAACCUCUGAUGAGCAGCAAAAUCUGCAGAAUUAUCCACAAGAUCGUUCUGACCAACAGCGACCGAGUACAGAGGACGGCUAUCCACGCAAACACUAUCCACAAAACCCUAAUCCACUAAAUCCUGAUGUUGAUAAUCCCAUAGGUAAGCUGGAUACACAUUAUCCAGAUCCACUAAGCCCCUAUGCAGACAAAACCGAUACAGAAAGCGGUGGUCCACAUCGAUCAUAUCCACAAGACUCAUCUGAGGAGGUGGAUUCUACUAGUGGACUAUCCACUAAAACCUUGCAAAGUCUCCUGAAUCAACUACUGGCUGACGAAGAUACAAACAACCCAAAAGAUCAACAACCAGACAUUGAUACUGCGGCUGGAUACUUCAACAACAGGCCAUCGACCGAUCAGAGAUACAACAGCCCCGAUAGGGCAGACCAGACGUGGCGUGAUAAAAUGGACCAGAAAUCUUACUUGGACCAACUUUUAGGUCAACUUGGUGACACUGAUGGAGCGGAACAGCCUGAUGGAAGAUAUGAUGGUUACAGACAGGGUGGCAGACAGGGUGGCAGACAGGGUGGGGGACAGUAUGAUAAAUACAAUGAUAGGGAUCCUGUAGUGGAGCAGAGAGCUAAAUGGUUGGACCAACUCUACGGGGAUGACCAUCCAGUCAGGCGUCAUUUUACACAGAAGAGAGACACAUUGGCCAAUCAGGAUGAAGCUAUUAAGGCAUCAACCAAUAAGAACCAGCGUUUCUCACGUCAUGUUGGUCCGCAUGAUGGUGGUGGCAUUCAGAGGCUGAUAUCCACUGGUAGUCUGGCACCUGUUCUUCCAGGGAGUGGUCUGGCUCCUGGAGAAAGCAUUGAUGUCAUCUUUGCUACUUAUUGGUUCUACCCCUCAGAGUCACAGAUCAUUUUGCCAGAACAGCAGGAGUGUCUUGAUAAAUGGACAGCAAACGAGGCUCAGCGACUGAACCCAAAUAAUGUGUUUUAUGGUUUGGAUCAUGACGCAUACGAACAUAUGGCAUCUGAUGAGUGUCUUGAAAAAGGUUCUAAUAAAGAGAAGCUGCGUGCCAAACUCUCCAGUCUCAGCCCUCUUGACAUCUACCCAUUCAACAGACACACAGGUGAAAUGACAGUAUAUCGAUUAGGACUCAAAUGUCGAUGUGGUAUCACGCCGUCCCCGAACAAACGAUGUAGCAAGGUACUCCCCUACUCGCAGCAGCAGUGGGGUGGCUAUAUGGGCACCUAUGGCAAUGGUCAGUUUCCACCAAGAUCUUAAGUUCAUGUUUUCAAACAAAGGUACUUAACAAAAAUCAAUUGUACAAUUUAUAUUUUUAUUAAGGCUUCCAUGGUAGCACUAGAAGAUAAGAUGUGGUGGGUUAUAAUGUACUGAUGAUUAGACUGUAAAUUAGCACGGGGAAGAAACUUUGUGUCAAGCUUGCAUUUAUGCACAUCAUGCUGGACUAGUUUAUCUAUCAUUCACAGCACUGUGGGUGAUAUAUAAUAAUGAAGUCUUAUAUAGCGCAUGUAUCUACAAAACAAGGUACUCAAGGCGCUGAGUAUAUACAAACUUGAAUGGUGAUAUUGAAUAGUAAGAGGGUUAUCCCUUUGUCAAGACAUUAGACAAAACUGUGUUGGUGCUAAACAUUGGUUGGUAAAGCUACAAGGGCGUUUGUUAACUCAAUUUUGUGUUUUGUGGUUGAAUUAUUUAUAAAAUUCAAGCAGAAAGUAUUCAUAAUUAUUACGCAAAUAAGCAAAGUGCUAGACGGUUAGCCAAUCACAUUGAUGAUUUAAAUAGUCGUCAUAAACUCUGAAAAAUUGACACCUCAAAAUGUAUUCAGUCAUAUUUUGUUUUUUGAAAAAAUUUGUAGCAGAAAAACAAAAAACAUUGUGAAUAUUAACAGGUGUAGGGAGUAAAAUAAUAUCCUGUUUAAAAAUUUGUUAAUGAACUUAUAAUUGAUUUGAUAAUUUCAUUUCCUACAACUCACAGAAACUUAGUUGCAGUACUUUCUCUUUAUAACUCAUGGGAGCUCUUGCCAUUUCUUAGCUUUUGGUCGUAUUAUAUGUAGAUGAUGCAAUGGUAUAGGGUUAGUUGUAUAACCUAAACAAAAAUAAUUUGUUUUUGUUUGGUUGGUUUUGGGAGUGGGAGCAACAAGUCUGUGAUUGUGGCUUUUAAUCUCCCUACCCGAUAGCCAACGCAUUAUUGCUUGAAAUAGCGCCCUCUUGCAGAUUGUCAUUGGCUGUGAUCGUAUGCAAAUGACGGAGGUUAAUCCGCAAGAGGGCGCUUUCUAGGCAAUAAUGCGUUGGCUAUCGGGUAGGGAGACUAAAAAACACGAUCACAGACUUGGAACCAAGUCUACCACCCCUCUGGUUACGACACUGCAUUCAUAUUAUUAUAAACCUUGCCCACCGCACACGGACCGGCUCUGCCCACAGAAAAGACCAUUUUAUUGGAGGUUAGAGACUUGUAAAUUUGUUGCCCAUUUCAUAAGGACUCUUUCUUUUGGAAAAUUAUUGGAUCGCAAAAAUUAGUUUUGCUUUGGACUUCUUUAAUAAGUAUCAAUGAACUAUUUGUGUCUGCACAUUUGAGUAAUAUUCUUGUAUAUAGGAAUAUUGUAUGUAUGCUUUUUGUGAAAUUGUGUUAGCACUUUUUAUUUUUGUAGGCAUUCUGGUUUUGUACUUGGUAAAUUAACAGGGUUUAAAGCAGGGUAUACUUUUGGUAAUUGUCAAAGACAAAUAUGCUGAAUUGCUGAGUCCCCAAAAAUUCCAUAAAUUAACAAACCUGGGAAAAUUUGGACUCAAUUGGUCAUUGAAGUUGCAAGAAAAUGGUGAAAGAAAAACGA